CCUCGGUCACAGCCUUUUCAUCACCGAGACCUGCCGGAACCCCAGGCAGCGGCGGCACAACUCUACUUAGUAGAAAUGCUUGCUUUGCGUGCAUAUGUUCCACGUCCACUGGUAACACCCCCCUCACUCCUUCAGGCCAUUUCUUCUGUCAAAAUGACUCUCGGCUCUGUACUUGCUAACCAAACUCCACCUGGCCAUUCUGUUGGCCCGUACAACUAUGUGCCUACGGAAUGGAUCUGUAUCCUUUUCAUCGUGUUGUACGGCAUUUCCACUAUCCUCCACUUAGGCCAGGCAUUCAAGUUUAGACUCUGGUGGAUGCUUCCAACAGCGACCUUGGCGGGUAUCCUGGAAAUACUCGGAUGGAGUGCUAGGCUAUGGUCGAGCAAAAGUCCAAAACUUAUAACCCCUUAUGAGAUGCAGCUUGUGGGCACUGUCGUAGCACCUACUCCCCUCGUUGCAGCCAACUUUAUCAUCCUUGGCAAGAUAAUCGGUCAAGUUGGUCCCCAGUUUAGCCGUCUGACCCCCAAAAUAUAUACCAUCAUUUUUUGUUCCUUUGAUGUUAUCUGCUUGAUCGUACAAGCUCUUGGAGGCGCAACCGCUGCGCGCGCCGUUAGCCAGGAGACAAGUGCUGCGAUGGGCGCAAACAUCAUGCUAGGAGGAAUUGUGGCCCAGCUCUUCGCUAUAGUGGUCUAUGUCACUUUGGCGUCCGAGUUUUUCUUGCGUGUGAAAUAUGAUGCACCCGUCCGCCACGUUGAGCAGCCCCACGUAUUCGAGAAAGGUCAACGUGCUGUGAGUAAGAGCUUGCGAAUUAUGAUUUAUGCCACGGCAUUCUGCACCCUCUGUAUCUUCAUUCGUUCCAUUUACCGUACUGUGGAGCUCGCUGGUGGGUGGUUCGGGCCAGUAAUCACGACUCAGCGCUAUUUCGAUUGGCUCGAUGGUGGCAUGGUCACUCUCGCUAUCUACACUCAAAAUUUCUUUCACCCGGGUAUCUGGCUGAACAAGGCUGGCCCAACUUCCGAGUCUCAAGUUUUAUCAGAAGAAGCCGACGAAGAAGAAGCCGCAACUUAGAUGUUAACUUAUGUCUACAUCCAUAUAUCGAGUCUGCUCAUCAUUUACCUUGUCGGCACUUCUCGGACAUUUACUCAAAUAUGUUAUGUUAUAGCCAUGCCUAUUUUCGCACCGCUUGUAUGAUGUGUUGAGGCCCUAUACCAGUCUAUACCCGUUGUCUCACUCGAACUGAGAUUUAAAACGUUCAAGUAUCGUCGAAUUCCUGAUUGUAUGUGGCUGUGCCCCGAAG